AUGCCUUCUUAUCCAAACACGCCUUCUCCACGCCAAUACGGUUUGUCGGGCGGAUUGAUGAUCGUCAAUGAGAAUGGAAAUCCAAUGUCCGGUGGUGUAGACCAAUGUGGAACCCUUAUUCCUUCUUCUCACCCUGAACUUUACAUUUCGAAAUCAUCUCAACAUGGUAAUCAACUUCAUUCUCACGCAACUUCGCAACCUCGUCCCAUCUUACGCCCUUCUUCAUCUUACAAUGCUACAACUCCCAACCAACCUCAUUCUCCUGCCUCGUGGGCACGAAGAUUCACUUCUUCUAUGCAGAUCUCCAUGCGCCCCACCAUCAACUCAGUCGUAGCGACCGAUUCGUCCCGACCCGGCGCUACAAACGCCAUCAGUUCGGUACCAUCGGCUCAAGGGCGACAUGCUUUCACCACCGGUCAGACUGUGAGUGACGAAACCCACGAGGCUGGGGCGCUUCCGUCAACAGGGACGAAUGCUAGGAGUGCGGCGAGUACGAAUGAACAAGGGGCGGUGAGAUCACCAGAACAUGCGUCAUCCACCUCUACUUCCGCCCCAAACGAAGCUACUCGUGCAACUGUUACUACAACAAGUUCUGUCGUUCCGUCCUCUGAACAGUCAUCGUCUUUCCCCAUGACUGAACAAGUUCAAUCUUAUCCUCCACUUCACACUCACACUCACCCAUACAACGACGACUUGUCCUUUUCCACUUCAAACAAUUCUUACGCUGGUACUGAAAACGCCACCGGUGAUUCUUCCUUCGACAGCUCGUGCUCUUACCCUUCCGCCACUUCUUGGUCUCUGGACCCUCACGCUCAAGCUCAGUACUACGGUUGGGGAAUGUCUUCUCCUCCAAAGUUACAAGAACCUAUCUUGGCUCCAGGAGAAUUACCCGCUCCUAGACCUCCGAUGUCAUACGCCGCUUUGAUUGGGGAGGCUUUGUUGUUGGCACCACCACCACAUCAGUUGUAUGUUUCAGAGAUAUCGGAUAGUAUCAAGAAGCGUUAUGCUUACUACCGACAAAACCCUACGAAGAUAUACAAUGGAGUUCGCCACCAAACCUCCAUGUGUAAAGCCUUCGUUAAACUCCCUCGACCAUUCGGUGACCAAUCUGGUGGUGCACGAAAAUGGGCAAUCCGAGCAGGAUGUGAAAGUUGGUUCUCAAACGGGUCUUACAACCCACCAGGUUAUCACGCCCCAACCAAGAAACCCUCUGCUAGUGGAAAAACCAAAUCAACAUCUUCAUCCCGUUCUAAACAAUUGGCGAUCGGUACUUCUUCUCCUCAUCGUGACUCUCCUUUCCUAUCACCCAACGCUGGACCUUCCGUCGGACCGGCAUACGAUGGGACUUCAAGACCUUAUUAUCCUUAUCCUCAACCUACCUAUUCAGCCCCUCCUCCCCCUCCCCCUCCGGCAUACCUACCACCAGGAUAUCAUUACGUCCCUGUCAACCCUACUCAAACGCAUCAAUCAGCUCAACCGAUGUACGUACCAGUUUGGGGACAUUAUGCCGCGCCUCCUCCACCCGGACAGAUGGUAGGAGUUCAAGGAAUGGGUGUUCAAGGUGGAUGGAGAUAUGAAGAUAAAGAAUCUCCAGAGAGUUAUGAAGAACAUGCUAGACCCAUGUCACCUCAUUCAGUCUCUUUAUCAGUUCAUGGUAGUGAACACUAAAUCUCUCAUUCUUUCCAUCAUCGACCUCGAGAUACCUCUUUUCUACUUCGAUCUCUUACUAUCACUCGAUUAAUCGAUCUGGGAUUUCCUCGACUUUCUUUCCUGGGUUUUUGGGGGUAGAGCGGAGGUAAUGGAUAUGAUGAUGACAUGAUGAUUUAAAGUCGGACGAAAGAGAUGAAAUUCUACGGGAUUAUCAGCGGGACUGAUCUAAUCCCUCUGUUGAGAUAAAUGUCAGUGGUAGAUUCUUGGAUAUGUGUCAAUAAGGAGAGAGAGGAAUAAGGUUUUUUUUAUCUUGGUGUAUUCUGUUCAUGAUACGUAGUCUCAUAUUUUGAUAGCCUUAGUUUAACGUCGAAUCAAUGUGUUUAUAGUGUUUCAGAAACUAGCUGUCAGAUGUCAUGUUAAUGCCUAUCUUG